CGAGGCUCUCGCCAUGCUGGCAGGACUCUAGGGGCCCCAUGGAGUCGGCCGACUUCUACGAGGCGGACCCGCGGCCCCCGAUGAGCAGCCAGCUCCAGAGUCCCCCGCACGCGCCCAGCAGCGCCGUCUACGGCUUCUCCCGGGGCGCGGGCCCCGCGCAACCCCCCGGCCCACCUGCCGGCCCCGAGCCGCUGGGCGGCAUCUGCGAACACGAGACGUCCAUCGACAUCAGCGCCUACAUCGACCCGGCCGCCUUCAACGACGAGUUCCUGGCCGAUCUGUUCCAGCACAGCCGGCAGCAGGAGAAGGCCAAGGCGGCCACGGCUCCGGCUGGAGGAGGAGGCGGCGGCGGAGGAGGAGAGUUUGACUACCCGGGCGGCCCCGUGGGUCCCGGCGGUGCCAUCAUGCCCGGAGGCGCGCACGGGCCUCCUCCUCCUCCGGGCUACGGUUGCACGGCGGCCGGCUACCUGGACGGCAGGCUGGAACCCCUGUACGAGCGCGUCGGGGCGCCGACUCUGCGGCCCCUGGUGAUCAAGCAAGAACCCCGCGAGGAGGACGAGACGAAGCAGCUGGCUCUGGCCGGCCUCUUCCCUUACCAGCCGCCGCCGCCGCCGCCACCGCACCACCACCACUCGCACCCGCACCCGCCGCCCGCACACCUGGCCGCGCCGCACCUGCAGUUCCAGAUCGCGCACUGCGGCCAGACCACCAUGCACCUGCAGCCCGGUCACCCCACGCCGCCGCCCACGCCCGUGCCCAGCCCGCACCCCGCGCCCGCCUUGGGCGCAGCUGGCCUGGCCGGCCCGGGCAGCGCGCUCAAGGGGCUGGGCAACGCGCACCCCGAUCUCCGAGCUGCUCCGGGUAGCGGUGGCGGUGGUGGAGGAGGAGGAGGUGGUGGAGGAGGCGCUGGCAAAACCAAAAAGUCGGUGGACAAGAACAGCAACGAGUACCGGGUGCGGCGCGAACGCAACAACAUCGCCGUGCGCAAAAGCCGGGACAAAGCCAAGCAGCGCAACGUGGAGACGCAGCAGAAAGUGCUGGAGCUGACCAGUGACAAUGACCGCCUGCGCAAGCGGGUGGAACAGCUGACCCGCGAACUGGACACGCUGCGAGGCAUCUUUCGCCAGCUGCCCGAGAGCUCCCUAGUCAAGGCGAUGGGCAACUGUGGGUGAGGCCGCGCGCCGCUGGGCCAGCCCAUCCUGGGACUGGCUGGGACGCCGGGAGCGGGUUGGUUUGGGGGGUCUCGAGAGUGUCUGGGCUUAGAAGAAAAAAACAAAACAAAACAAAA